GUAAUACCCACAGUUGCCCCUGGCCCCUAACCCUAGACAGAAUUGCUAACUGCCUCCACCAUCACCCAAGCAUGGGUUUGCUUUUCUCCUUCCCCAUUCUGGGAGGCCUAAGUUCCAUUGCGUCGUCAUGCCUCGCUGGACUUGCCUUCUGCUGCACCUCGACAGCCGCAUCCAUGUUCUUCAAGUCUUGUAACUGCAAUUCAUCAAUAGCGACCCGUGUUGGAUUUGCGAUAAUCUUCUGUUUGAAUUCAAUACUCGCCUGGGUAAUGAAGACAGACAUUGCCAUAAAGCAAAUAGAGAAAUGGAGCUACGACUACAUCAAGAUGGACUGCGAAGGCGAUAAAUGCUACGGCGUCCUGGCGGUGCAUCGUAUCUGCUUCGCUCUUGCUCUCGUCCAUACCAUCCUCGGUCUUUCGCUCGUCGGCGUUCGGGACACUCGUGAUAAACGGGCUGCAAUUCAGAACGGGUGGUGGGGCCCCAAAGUCCUCCUUUGGUUGGUCUUCGUCGUCGUUUCCUUCUUCAUACCGAACCCGUUUUUCAUGUUCUGGGGAAAUUACGUGUCUAUGAUUGGCGCCACUCUCUUCAUUCUCCUAGGCCUGGUUCUCCUCGUCGAUUUCGCCCAUUCGUGGUCGGAAACAUGUCUAGACAAUUGGGAGAAUUCUUCUACCGGCUCGAAUUUCUGGCAGUGGGUCCUCAUCGGAUCUACCGCAGCAAUGUACAUCUUCACAAUUACCAUGACGGGCCUCCUGUACGGUUUCUUUGCUGGUUCAGGUUGUACGCUCAACCGCUUCUUCACAUCGUUCAACCUGGCGCUCUCAAUUGUUGUCACAAUCAUGUGUGUUCACCCGGUGGUCCAAGAGUACAAUCCCAGAUCUGGAUUGGCGCAAUCAGGGAUGGUUACUGCUUACUGCACAUACUUAAUUGUGUCUGCUGUGAGCAAUCACACCGAUGAAAACCAGUCGUGCAAUCCGCUGAAUAAUGGGACCGGAACACGUACAGUUGCAGUUGUUCUUGGUGGCGUUUUUACUUUUUUGGCCAUUGCAUAUUCAACCACACGCGCUGCCACACAAAGUCGGGCUUUGGUUGGCAGCAAGAGCAAGAAGACGGGGCCCGUCCAUUUGUCGGGAAGUGACCAUCUAGAUGGCCAUGCAGAGAUGGGCGUCGUGAACACGCAACCUAGUCGUACAGAGUCACCGCGAUAUCAAGCAUUGUUAGCUGCAGUCGAAGCCGGAGCAAUCCCAGCAUCGGCUCUCGACGAAGAAGAGUCGGAUGAUGAAGAAGAAGCUGUCGGUGAAACGCGGGAUGAUGAACGUUCAGGAACUCGUUACAACUAUUCCUGGUUCCAUGUUAUUUUUGCAAUGGCGACGAUGUAUGUAGCCAUGCUACUGACGGACUGGAAUAUCGUAUCCAGCAAACCGAUAUCGACACCUGUGGAUCCAAACUCGGACGUAUACAUAGGGCGGUCUGAAGUGGCGAUGUGGAUGCGAGUCGUGUCUAGCUGGGUGUGCAUGCUGCUGUACAUGUGGAGCCUUCUUGCGCCUGCAAUCAUGCCUGACAGGUUUGCCGAGGAUUACUAG